AUGAAGGUACUCGUCAACGGCGCAGGCAUAGCCGGCAACGCCCUCGCUUUUUGGCUCUCUAGGAUUGGACACAGCGUCACAGUCCUCGAGCGCUAUCCAGAACUGCGUGUUACUGGCUUGCAGAUCGACCUCCGCGGACACGGAAUCGAAGUGCUGAAGCGAAUGGGCCUCAAAGAAGAGUUUCACAGGUACAUGCCUCCAGAGACGGGCAUUCAGAUUGUCAAUAGCUCCGGCAAGCGCAUUGCAUACUUUCCGGCGAACAAGUCAGGCAAAGGCUUGCAAGACUUUACGACUGAGUACGAGAUCAUGAGGGGCGACUUUUGCAAGGUCUUGUACGAUGCGACCAAAGAUCGCGCAACAUAUGUUUUCGAUACGUCGAUCACGAGCUUCGUGGACAAUGGUAAAAUGGUAGAGGUCCAGUUUUCAGAUGGAAGGACUGAUGACUUUGACCUCGUUGUCGGAGCCGACGGGAUAGGGUCACGAACUCGAAAGAUCAUGGGCCUCGACGGCUUCCAUUCGUGUGAUGGCCAAUACACGGCAUACUUCACCCUACCUUGGCAGAUCCGGACGGAUGAAGAUUACAUUGCCACUAUGUACAUGGCGACGGGAGGGCGAGGCGUGAUGACGCGCAGGAAUAACGCACGCGAACUUCAGUCCUAUCUUUUCUGCAAGACCUCGUCUGAGUCUUUACUCCAAGCCCAGCGUGGAUCUGAACAGGAGAGGGCGGCGUUGGUUGACAUCAUGCGCGGGUCAGGCUGGCAAACGGAGGAAAUCUUGAACGCCUUGCCCAAAGUCAAGGACUUUUACUGCGAGCGCUUGGGGUUGGUCAAGCUGGAGUCAUGGUCCCGCGGCAGGGUGGCGCUCGUGGGAGAUGCUGCGUACUGUCCAUCUGCGAACACCGGCAUGGGAACUACUUGCGCUCUUGUCGGGGCGUAUGUCCUUGCUGGUGAGAUCAGCGAACAUAAGCAGGACGUUUCGGCGGCAUUCCGGGCCUACGAUCGAAAGUUCAAGCCUUUCGUGGACCAGGUCCAGGCUGGAGUGCUCGAGAAGGGUGCAGGAUUGCCUUCGUCGUGGUUAGGCAUUGCAUUCAUCAAUGGGAUGCUGAGUGUUGCUUCGUUCUUCAAGGUCAACGUCUUCGGCAGGUUCUUCCUCAAAGAGAAUGUGAAAGGAUGGGAACUUCCAUUGUACGAGAACAUGGUUGGCAAUUAG